AUGAUUGAAGUUAUUGAGAGUAGAGUUGAUAUUGUUGGAUAUGGAGUCUUGGAAUAUAUUUUUUCCGAUGUUGGUAAUGGAAUUACUAAUAAUGAAGAAGUUGGUGAUGAUAUUGUUGAAUCAUUAUUAACAGAGCAAAGAAUGCCAUUAAUUUCUACAUGUUGUGAUUGA